UGAGAAGACACUGAUUAACAUCAACGAGCCCGCAAUGUGACAUGAAUACUGGCCAAACGGGACCCCGGAAGGUGGAUUUGAGAUGUGCGUGACAACGAGUGGAUACUACGUCUGCAGAAAAUCAAUAGGAGUGACGAAAGAUUAGGACCAGACUUUGACUUGGAGUGGCCAGUGUGGAGUGGUGUACUCGAUUUUCGGUUUUGUUUGCUACAAUCCAUAACGCAAAGGAACAAAAGACGUCGGUCCAGAGAGUAAUUAAAUUGCAAACCUGGCGUUUUUCAGUUCAGUUUAAGGUUUGUAUCUGCUGGAGGUAACAUGGAAGGACAGAAAUACAAGAUGGAGGUUGAGGACGGCCCAGAUGCAGAUCAGAAGGUGGAAUUAAAGUUUGAACUACGUCCCAAAAUCUCCAAAAAAUGGAAAAUCAUCAUAGCAGUAGCGAUUAUCGUUGUGAUUGUGAUAAUUCUCGCUAUUGUUCUUGCCUUGGUGCUGAGAAAAAAAGAAGGAGAACAAGAAAAACAAGGAAAACAAGAAAAAACUGUGCCGGGGCCUACUGAGUUCAUAGUGCCGCCGCUACCUACUGGAGCUCCCGCAGGGGCCGAUGGACCUUACACUCACGGAGUAGUAGCAGCGGACGCCGCCCCUUGUUCAGUAGUGGGACGAGAUAUCCUCAAGAAGAAUGGGUCAGCGGUGGACUCUGCCAUUGCUGCCCUAUUUUGUAUAGGUAUCAUCAAUAUGCACUCGGCCGGCAUCGGUGGCGGUGGUUUCAUGACCGUGUAUAAUAGGAGUCUAGGACUGGCCAAAGUGUACGAUUUCAGAGAAGUUGCUCCUGGGAAUGCAAGCGCUAAUAUGUAUGUCAACAGCAGCCUCAACUCCAAAUUAGGAGCUUCAGCCACAGGUGUGCCAGGUGAGGUCAGCGGAUACCUUGCAGCAUGGAAGGCACACGGAAGGCUUCCUUGGAAGGAUCUAGUCCAACCGGCUAUUGAUUUAGCCAAGAAUGGAUUUCGAUUUGGACAUGCUGCACAUUAUGCGGCAAGCCGUAAUUCCACGUUGGCAGCGAUCAAGAAAGAUCCUGGAUUGAGUGAAUUACUGUUGGACAGUAAAGGAAACUUGAAGGAAUUAGGAGCCGUUUUGGAAAUGCCAAAGCUCGGUAGAACUUUGGAGCGAAUCCGCGAUGAUCCAAGUAGUUUCUACACCGGCGAACUGGCUCAGGACAUAGUAAAAGACAUUCGCGAUGGUGGGGGCAUCAUUACGUUGGAGGAUUUGAAAAACUACCGAACGAUAGUUCGUACGCCACUUACAGUAAAGAUGGAUGAUUACACUUUAUAUACGAACCCACCUCCGGGUAGUGGCGCCGUCUUGUCGUUAAUCAUGAACAUUGUGAAAGGUUACAAUAUGACUGCUGCAGACCGUAAAGAUAUAAACAGCACAGUGCUAACUUAUCACAGGAUAGUGGAAGCUUUCAAGUUUGCCUACGCUUACAGGGCAUUGCUGGGAGACGAAGACUUCUGGGACGUAGGAGAGAUUGUACAAAAUAUGACCAGUUCAGCGUUCGGAGAAAGUCUAAGACAAAAGAUUUACGACAACCGAACAUUCGACUACAAACACUACGGGGACUUCUAUUCUAGCGUCAAUCCCGCAGGGACUACGCACCUGUCUCUGAUUUCUCCUGACGGGGAUGCUGUCUCCGCUACCACCACAGUAAAUCUUUACUUUGGGUCAAAGUAUCGCUCGACGCGUACUGGCAUUAUUUACAACAAUGAAAUGGACGACUUUUCGACUCCAGGUGAAAUUAAUUAUUUUGGUGUGGAACCAUCACCGAGCAACUUCAUCGAACCUGGAAAACGACCCAUGUCUUCAAUGACUCCCACCAUAAUUGUAGACCAUAAUAACGUUACCCGACUAGCUGUCGGGGCGUCGGGAGGCACAAAAAUUACAACUGCCAUUCCUUUGGUGGUGAUGAACUACUUCUGGUUCAAUCAAACGUUAACAAAAGCUGUAGAAGAACCCAGGUUCCAUCAUCAACUACUACCAAACUUCCUUCGCAUCGAAAGAGUCCGCCCCAUUUCCCUUGCAGUUCAAGAGGGACUGAAAGAGCUUGGACACAACAUUACAGAAUUCUCCUCUGCAGUGGUACAGGCGGCGGCCACAAGCCCUGAUGGUAAACUUUACGGAAAGGCGGAUCCCAGAAAGGGCUCCUGGGCCGCAGGAUUUUGAAGAUGAUUUAAAAGAGAGCUGAUAAUGUAGUUAGAAACAUAUCUGAGUAUAUUUGUUGUUAUCUGCUGCUUAGCACUCCGGCGAAGCUUUUUUGCAGAGGGGAAAAGACCCAUUAAUCACGAAAAAUUUUUGUAACUUUUGUGUAGUUUCCUUUUGUAAUUUGAUGAGCGAUGUCUUAAAACAAUAGAAGACACUUUCUCUUUGCCACUAAGCUUUUCGUUAAGAUAUUUAUUGUCCUACUUGGUUAUCAAUACAGAUGUAUAAAGUGGAAAGAAAACAGGUUGAAGCUGUUGACUGCGAUAUGUCAACUGCUAUACUGUUACUCUUUGUCAGACAACGAGAUUGCGGGCUAGUGGCGCUGAAUCGAGACGUCAUCGCACUAGUUUUGCCUUGUGUUAAAUUCGCUUUAAACCUUUCACUCCCAGAUGGCAUGAGUAAUUCAUCUCACUGUCCGUCAUACAAUUCUUAUAAUGUUAGUUCGCAGAAUUUGGUAUUUGAUCAUCCUCUAAUCCCCCUGACGUUUUUCAUUAUUCUCAUCACUUUUCUGCUUGAUAUUGUAAUGAUAUUGUAAGGAGAAAUUCUCUCUUGGUCAAUCAUGGGAGUUUAAUUAAAGGGUUAACUCGGAGUCUACAAAAGGGGAUAAGUUUCUAAAGAAACUGUGGUGCUGCGUCGGUGGGAGAGUAUAACAGGGUAAUUUAGUAUUAUCAACUCAGUUAAUAACGUAAAUUGGCCACCGUAAAGAUAUUAUUUUAGCUCAUACCGACAACCGACAUGACCUCUAACGUACUCAACUUCGUCAUCGAAAAAGCCUUACAAUCUACUUGCCUAGUAUCAAGUAUCAACGGGUGCGAGGUUCUGCUAUUACUCGAAUUGCAAUAUUUGAAUAAUUUAGGGUCACAAAAGGGCGGAAAACUUUUCUUUGUAGUUGAGCAAUUUCGUUUAAAUAAAGAAUUUAAAAACUAAGAAACGAAUGCAAUAGACUCUAGGCCAUUAAAAAUAGAAAACUUAAGUCAAAUUUCACAGCUCUGAUAUUAAAAACACCUAUUUUAAUUGCGGUAGAGCAGCUUAGGAAAUAAAAGUGAG